CCCCAAAGAUUCCUAAGGUAAAAACUAAAAGCUGUCCUAACAAACAAGAUAAGGCAAUUCGCACCAAUCCUUCAUAUCCUGCCCUCUUCUUCACAUCCACAACCCAGUAGAAGCAGCAGGGACUUAGAAGAAUGAAGGUCUGCUCUUUCCAACUCAGGCCUCAUCUCCACAUCUCAAGCCUCCAUGGCGGCCAAUUUCAAACACUAAAGCUUCUUCCACCAUAUUUGAAGCUCAAGCCAUCAGUAAGAACCACCACAAUCAAUCUUCACUCACUUAAGAAGCUUUUCAGUUCCAAUCCUGAGAAGAAGAUCACAAAAAUGGAGUUUUUACAAAAAGAUUCAUCUAUUGAACUUCGAAGAUUGCUUCUUUUUGGUGGGUUCUCCUUUGCUUUUGCUCUUCUUCUUCUAGGGUUUGAUGGGCAGCAAGACGCCAUGGCGCUUGGACCUGAGGGCCCUCUUGUUGAGGAGUUUUGGGAUAAUGUCAGGCGAUAUGGCCUUUACUUUAUAACAGUGAGUACAGGAGCCCUAUACACUAUUCUGCAGCCAAUAUUUGAGCUUUUGAAGAAUCCGAUCACUGCAAUUCUGAUCAUUAUAGUGGUUGUGGGAAGCUUUUACCUUCUAACUCAAGUGCUGAGUGCUAUGGUCGGGGUUUCAGAGUUUUCUUAUCAAUAUGGAUAUUGAGUAAUUAUUUAUUUAUUUUGUUUAAUUAUUGUGUUGUAGCUUGCAAUGAUUUAUGAGGUUUUGUUUUUGGUAAAAUUCUCUUUUUGGGGCAUAGAUUGAAGACUUGCAUAUUAAAAGGUUU